GAUAUUAUCGAUAUUAGGAUCGAUCCGCCCACCUCUAGCUAAAACACGCCGACGGACCUGAUGCAGAAAUAAACUGGCCGCGACCAAGUCAAUUAGUGAACGUUUUAAAUAAAAAUGAUGAAGCAAGUUAUGAGUCACAGUUCUAUAGGAGUCAGAGAUGUGGCUGCAGGUGGAGAGAAACUUGCCCGUAACAACAUGACGGAGUUCUGGAAGCAGCACUCCAAGCAUGCCACAGUGGAGGAGGUGAUGCUGGACUCGAAUGCCAUGAAGUUGACUCAGGAGGAACUUCCGGAGAUCAUGUCCUUGCUGCCCUGCCUGACUGGGUGCAAAGUGCUGGAACUGGGAGCUGGGAUCGGUCGUUACACCACCCACCUGCUGGCCAAAGCCAAACAUGUGACGGCCGUAGAUUUCAUGGAAAAGUUUGUGGAGAAGAACAAGCUGACAAAUGGUCACCACACCAAUGUUACCUUCAUCCACGCUGAUGUUACAAAACUGGAUGUUCCACCAAACAGUAUUGACUUUAUCUUCUCCAACUGGCUGCUGAUGUAUCUGAGUGAGGAUGAGCUGAAACACUUCACAGAAAAGAUGCUGCACUGGCUGCAGCCUGGAGGAUUCCUUUUCUUCAGGGAAUCCUGCCAACACCGUGGAGGUGAUUGUCAGAGGAGCUUUAACCCCACCUACUACCGUGCUCAGGAAGAAUACCACCAUCUGAUGGCAACAGUACAGGUGGACGAGGGGGCACAAAAGUUUGGUUUCGAUCUUGUUCUGAAAAAGAAUAUUAAGGCAUACGUUAAGUUGAAAAAUAAUGCUAAUCAGAUGUGCUGGCUGAUGGAGAAGGGCCUGCGCUGCUCAACCACCAGGAAUGGUUUUAGCACCUUCCAACAAUUCCUGGACAAUCAACAGUACAGUCGCAGAGGCAUCCUGCGCUACGAGAAGAUGUUUGGGACUGGCUAUGUCAGCACAGGUGGACCCAGCAUGACCAAAGAGUUUGUGGGCUUGCUGAACAUGAAACCCGGUCAAAACGUUUUGGAUGUUGGCUGUGGCAUUGGUGGAGGAGACUUCUACAUGGCAAAGACUUUUGGAGUAGAGGUUUAUGGAAUCGACUUGUCAGAAAACAUGAUGACCAUCGCUUUGGAGAGGGCUAACGUGGAGAAGUUGCCACUGGUCCAAUUUGAGGUUUCUGAUGUUACUAAGAGGACAUUCCCAGAAGGUUCCUUUGACGUGAUCUACAGCAGAGACACCAUCCUCCACAUAGAUGACAAACUGGCCAUCUUCAGACGCUUCCAUUCAUGGUUAAAACCAGGAGGCCAAUUGCUGAUCACUGAUUACUGUUGUGGAGAGAUGCCGUGGACACCUCAGUUCGAGGCAUAUGUCAAACAGAGAGAAUAUAUCCUUUGUACACCAUCCCAUUAUAGCAAGUUAAUUGAGAAAGCUGGUUUCUCCAGCGUGAAAGUCGAGGACCGAACAGAACAGUUCAUACAGGUGAUUAAAGCAGAGCUGCAGAGAGCAAAGGACAUGAAGGACGAAUUCAUAGAGGAGCUCUCUGAAGGUGACUAUCUUGCACUCAUAAAUGGAUGGCACGAAAAACUAGAACGUUCUAAGAGUGGAGACCAGCGAUGGGGACUCUUCCAUGCAACAAGAGACUGAGAAACUGCACAAAGCAAACGGAGAAAAGAAAGAAAUGUUCCUCUGCUUAUUGAAAUCAUUAUAUUGUUGUCUUUGUGCUACAGCUUGUUCUCUAAUAAUAUGUUAAUUAAUGCAACUUGCAGAGAUUGUUAAACCACAUAUUUCUCCAAGUAUUUUCCAUCAUGUUGAAAAGCAUCAAGUCCGGUGGUGGGCACAGUUAAAAAGCCAAAAAGUUAGGUUCGUUAACAGUUAAUCCGCUAACUGAAAGGUCAACUUUUUUAAACCGAUAAACCUCUAAAAAAUUUAGACAGAUAAAAGCUAAACUGAUAACUUCCGGUAUUGAUUUCAGUACACUAGCAGCUACUGACACAACAAUGAGCCAGCGCUUCUGUGUCAGAUCAGCCUUCUGUCAGUAAGAGACCUGGGCCCUUAUGCACGAAGCAUCUCAAAAUCCUCUCCAAGAGCUCCUAACUUAGUCUAAUGCCGCGUUCACACCUGCUUUCAUCUGCUUUCGCUCCGAAAAUUCACCCCAGUGCGUUAUCAAAUAGGAGGAGCUUCCAUUCUGCUCGCCGGCUCCGGUUGUCAGUUAAGUUAACAUGACAGACCUUGAUCACACAGAGCGAGUUCUUG